UAGUGUUACUCGAACGUUUGAAGAUUACAGGAGUAAAACUAAAUAUCAAGACGUGAUGUUUUUGAAGCAUUUAUUUUCAUAUAUUUGCGUAUACUGUGUGUAUUCGUUCAAAACGAUAAAAAGUACUCAAAUUGAAUGUGAUCCUAUAAGUAAUACAGAUUUUGGACGAAGAUUUUGUUUCAUUCGUCACAUAAAUGAUGGAAUUAUACAAAAUGUCACAUUCAAACCAAAUCCGAUUGCCGAUGAAAAACGAGAGCUUAUUUUUGAUAAUUGUACUCUGCACUUUUUGCCAUUGGGAAUAUUCACAAAUUUUCCAAACAUCAAAACGUUAUACGGCUGGAAUAUUAAAUUGAAGAAUUUAACAAAAGAAGUGUUUCGUAACAGCAAAGAGCUUUUCGUUUUGGAUUUUUCUAAAAACAAUAUUGGCGUUCUUGACACGAAUACAUUUCAUUUGGCGAAAAGCUUGAAUCAAUUGGACUUGUCUCGAAACCAAAUUCAAAUAAUCCAUACCGAUGCCUUUACUGGACUUGAGCAAUUAAAAAUGUUAAACUUGGACAACAACAAACUUCAAUUAAUCCCAGCAAAUUGUUUCAAACCAUUAAUUCAAUUGCAAACUAUUCGUUUGAGUCAUAAUUUGAUUAAAAUGAUACCGACUGAAUUAUUUGAGCAAAAUAUAUACUUACAUGGUAUAUACUUGAAUGACAAUGCAAUUGAAUGGCUAUAUGGUGAGCUAACAUUUAGACAUUUAACUCGUGUAAAUGAAUUUGAUUUACAUAAUAACCCAAAUGCAAACUUAGGUUGCUGCGUUAUAAAUGCACAGAGUAUUGACAUUCGAAACACAAAUUCAAUUGGAUGUUAUAUUGGAUCACGUACUAGACGAGUAGUUGCUAACAACAACCACAUAUCCUAUAUUGAUAGUUAUGAUGCAAUAUCGACGAAUUUGGAGUAUGUUGAUUUGGCAAACAAUCAAUUACAGAAAAUUUUGAAUUUGACACGAUUCGAAAGUUUAAUCCAUCUCGAUUUGAUGAAUAAUACGAUGGAUGACAUUGGUCUUAAUUCAUUUGCAAAUAUGCAUCGAUUGGAAAUCUUAAAUCUGCAAAACAGUGGACUUUCUAAAAUUUAUUUUGGACUUUUUUCACAUAAAUCUAAAUUGAAAAUACUUGACAUAUCUUACAAUAAUUUGGGUAAUAUCGAUUUUCAAAUGUUCGUUUCUAUGACGAGUUUAUUGAAAUUGCAUUUAGAUGGUAACAAUCUUACCAAAAUCGAUGCAACAGAAUUACGAAAAAUAUUCCCAGCACUUUCGAAAAUGAGUAUAUCGCAAAAUAAUUGGUCUUGUCAACACUUAGCAUCGAUUAUAAAGUACCUUGAAAGUAAUGGCAUUGCACUCGACUCAAUCGAUUCAACGAAAAAUACCGAAAACAUAAAGGGCAUUCCAUGCAAAUCAAACGACGAAAGCCAAAUCAUCGAAAAUCCAGUAUCUUUGAAAGAAAGUGAUGCUGAAGUUUCAAAACAGAAAUCAGUUUUAACUAAUAUUCCAGGUGGAAUUGCUUACGAUCAAAAAUUACGUCUACUUCAACUAAAAUAUGUUAUUCAGAAUACAAUUGAAAGUGCCAAUGAAGCUGGCAAAAAAAUUGAAAAUAUUUUACACAUUAAUUAAGAAUAAAAAUAAUUGUAUUUGUCAUGGCAAAAGACUGAAAAAGUUAUCCUAUGCUUUCUGAGUCCAAUGAAUAGAAUCAGGUUAAUACCGCGUUGUGUUUUCGUGAUUAUAAUUUUUGUUUUUAUAUAUCUUUAUUAUUGUAAGCUUGAAUCAAGAUCUGUUAUGUUACAAUUGUUUGUCUUUAACAAAAUAGUGGAUUUUGUAUUUAUCGCAAGAAAAAAAUACUUACUAUUAAUUUGUUGUAACAAAGAAGUAUAAACAAGUUAACGGAUGAUUUAUACUCAACUCUCACCAAAAAUAAGAAAAUGAGAUAAUCAUUUUUGCGUGCGACGAAUUCUCUAUACGAAGUCAUAUCACUUGUUGUUCAUUCAAAUGUAUUCUUAUAAGUGGCUGUAUUUGACUUCGGUUUUUGUUCAAUGAAUGUGGUUUUUGUAUCGGUACAUUUUGAUUUGUUUAUAUGUGACACAAACACAGCAGCUUAAAAGGAUAAAAUUGAAUCGCAAAAUAAAUUGUAUUAUGCAAAAUUGAUUAUCUCGUUUUGUUACAUACAAGCGUGCAGUAAGAAUCUGUCAAUAGAUAACUAGUUUAUAUUUAUCUCUUGCAGAGUAGCAAAUGCCUUUUUUCUCGAGUUACGAAUUUAAAAUCCAUGCAUGUAUUCUCAGGCGUUCAAUUUAGCCCACAAACCUAUACAAGUAUUUCAAAAUUUGAUAAUAUAAAUAAAAUCAUUCAAACUGUUAGAUAUACCUUGCUCAAGAUCAAAUUAUAUAUUUACGAUUGAUUUGAUAACUCAGAAAUGAUUCACAUAAAAAAGUUCAUGGUUCAUGUGAAUACUUUGGAAAUAAAGUCUCGCCUUUAAAAAUAAAUUUUAUUUUCAUUUGGGAACUUUUUCGAAGUAAACCAGUGUUAGAUUUACAGUUUGAAAUUGUUAAACUAAAAUAAAAAGUAUUUUUUUGCAUAAACUGUUAGCAAUGAAGAAAAUAUGUUCUUCUCUUUUCUAUUGUUUCCUACCCUUUCUCUUUCUUUCUAAUUCCUUAUUCUCUAUUAUACUCUUUCAAAUACAACAGAAACAUAGCUAAAGAAAGAAUCAAAAUAUGGUACCACUUGCACAGUCUAUAAGAUAUUAUA